AUGGCAUAUGUGGUUGGAAUAGUCAACACUCUGAUUACUCCAAUUUACCAUAUCGUCUUCAAGCAUGUAAUGUACCCCUUCACGGCUAGCAGAAACGUGAAGCAUCUCAAAGAAGCAGCCCAGGGUUUGAUCGCCAAGGGCAACGAUGUCCGGUAUGAGAUUGAGAUUGCCGAGAGGAAUGGCAUGACAGCAAAGAAUGAAGUGCGGAAGUGGCUUGAAAAUGUGGACACCAUCAAGUCCGAUGAAGAAGCAAUUAGGCAGGUGUAUGAUGAGAGAUGCCAAGUUUUUGGGUGCAUCUCUCUGAAUUGCUGGUCAAACUACAAAAUCAGCAAGAGUGCAAAAAAGGAGCUUCUGAAAGCCCAAGAGUAUGCCAAGAUUGACACUAGUGUUGUCGCAGUGCAGCCGCUGCCACCAUCGGUCCGAGAAAUGCCUGUCUCAUCCAGUGGACUGCUCAGUGAAGAGCAUAAUAUGCAGGAGGCUGCCAGGUGCAUUAGGAAUUCUCCGGUUGGAAUGAUUGGGAUAUGGGGUCUAGGUGGAGUGGGAAAGACUCAUCUUCUGAAGAAGAUCAACAACUCAUUUCUCGGAGACCCUUUCUUCGAUGUUGUUAUUUUUGUUACAGCCUCAAAAGAUUGUUCAGUGGAGAAAAUCCAAGCUGAAAUAGUAAAGAAACUCAGCUUAAGGAAAGACGACGAUAUAGAGUCUCAAGCCAAUAUCAUUUCUGACUUCCUGAGCAGGAGGAGUUUUCUUGUACUGCUGGAUGACCUCUGGGAACCAUUGGACUUGCAAGCAGCUGGCAUCACACAUCCUCUUGGAUUUGUCGGCCAAUUCAAGAGGAAAGUAGUACUCACAACAAGGUCACGAGUUGUGUGUGGUACAAUGAAGGUCAGAAAAGAGAUAAAAGUGGAUUGCUUGAGGCAAGAUGAGGCAUUGCAGCUCUUCCAAGAGAACGUUGGCCAAGAGAUUCUUUUAUCCAAUCCGCACAUUGGAGCCCUUUCAAGAGAGCUUGUGACGGAGCUGAAGGGCCUGCCCUUGGCGUUGAUAGCUACCGGAAAGGCAAUGUAUCCAAAGAAAGAUCCAGGUGAAUGGGAAACAGCUAUUCGUCUACUGCGACGAUCUGGCCACGAUGCGGAUGAUCCAACGUCUGUGGAGAACACAAUUUACUUCAAGUUAAAACUUAGCUAUGAUAGCUUAGGGAAUGAUACCAUGAGACGUUGUUUCCUGGUUUGCUCACUGUGGCCAGAAGAUUCUCCUAUUGCUAAAGAUGAUCUGAUCCAGUGUUGGAUGGGCUUAGGUCUGCUUAAUAAGUGCGACGUACAGAGUUCUUACAGUGAAGGCUACAACAUAAUAGGCCACCUGCAAGCUGCAUCUUUGCUGGAAGGUAGUGAGGACAGUAGUAAGCACCUCAAAAUGCAUGAUGUGAUCCGUGAUAUGGCGAUAUGGAUAUCUUGCGGCUGCGGUGAAAACAAUAACAAAUGGGUCGUUCACGCAGCGAUCGGCAAAACUGCGUCUAGAAAGUGCAUCCCUUGGAACAGGGUGGAGUAUCUGUCAAUGAUGGGCAACGGACUGGAAGAACUUCCGUAUCUUGGUGGUGGCGUGAAUGAAAAUAGCAUGGGCUGCAGUGUCAGAUCCAAGUGUUUUCUUGGUUCUGGUUCCACAGAACUCAGGACACUGCUUCUUCAAGAUAAUAAGUUCAACGAGAAGGCACUUGGAAAUAUUUACCUCUUCACUUCAUUGACAUACCUAGAUUUGAGUCAGAACCACAUUCGUGUUCUGCCUUUAGCAGUCUGUGCUCUGGGAGAUCUAGAGUACCUCAACCUGUCUUACAAUUACAUCACUGAGUUGCCCAAGGACCUUCGACACCUCACCAAGCUCAAAUUCCUAUACCUAAGAGGCAACCCGAUACACACCGUACCAAAGGGCACCAUAUCAAGGCUGCAGGAACUGCAAGUGCUUGACCUGCUGUCGUCCCAGGUCUCGACACACGCAAACUAUACUCUAUCAUUGUUCCCAGAAUUGGACUUGCUGGAUAACUUGAAAGCUGUGGAGGUCGGGGUCAAAGGUGACGCGGCAUAUGAACUGCUAGGCAAGUUUCCGGGCCUCCCUGUUAGAUCCAUCCAUCUGAGCAGGCUGACAGGGACACCAACAUUCUGCUUCCUAGAUGGCUGCUUCUCGAGCUCCUCGGUGCAAGCGAGCCUAUACGACCUGACGAUCUACAAGUGCUGCAUGCAGCAGAUACUGGUGAGAAGCGGCGCGGAAGGAGCAGUCUCCCAGUUGGACGUGCUCAGAUCGCUCACGCUCGACAGCCUGCGCAGCCUGAAGGGGGUCAUCUGGAAGAGAGUGGCUCCGGAGUCUCUUUUUCCGAGGCUGACCUACCUGGCAGUCGUGCACUGCCAGAGUCUCAGGCACAUUUCAUGGGCCAUGCACCUGCCUUGCCUCGAGAGGAUCCUUGUGAACAACUGCGGCGGCAUGAAACAGAUCGUCCGGACCAAGAAGAAGGACGGCGGCGCUGGGGAAGAAGACAGGGGGCAAGCACCGGUCCAUGGCUUCCCUUGCCUCAGAUACCUUGAGCUGCAGAGCCUUCCCGGGCUGUCGAGCCUCUGCGACCCCGAGGUGACAUUCCCGUCCCUUGAGACCAUGGAGAUAUCCUUCUGUCCAAAGCUGAAGAGGCUCCCGUUCCUGAUGACAACCAUGCCGCGGAGGCUGCGCAACAUCAGCGUCCCCCUUGUCCAGAUGAGGUGGUGGGAGUCGCUGGAGUGGGUCGACGAGGGCGUCAAGCGUGCCGUGCAGCCUCUUGUUAAUUCGGACAUCACAGAUCAGCUGGAGCAGAGUCCUAUUUAG